UCUGAUCAUCGACAUUUGGUCAUCGAAGCGAAUGUGUGGAUACAUCGGCUUCACUAUUGAAGGGGUCACUCCAGAUUUUGAAAUCUUCACGGCCUUCUUGUGCAUCCGACAGAUCUUCGGCAGACACACUGCAGAGGCAAUCCUGUCCGAAUUUGAAGAUAUUCUGAGGGAAUGGAAUUUGAAAAUAUCAGUGGUUAUUCGAGUUGUUACGAACAGCGGAUCAAAUAUGAUCAAAGCGUUCGACCUAAAGCUUCCGGGCUAUGUUGAAAAGGAAAACGAGUCUGAGAACGAAGAGCCUGAUCCAAGUCCUGAAGCUGCAACUAACCAGAAUGAGGCAGCUAGCAAUUUGGAGAUGGUCGAUUUGGAAUUGACUGGCCCUGUUUACGAUUCCUUGAUGGAGAUGAUCGAUGCCAACUGUUCCCGUCAAGAAGUAAAUGUAUUGAUGGAAGCUGAUCAAGAGGAAGAUGACGAGCACCAAGAAGUUGAAUAAGGCCUCAACGAAACUUACCUUGGCAUCCUACGCACGACUUUAUCCGGUGUGGCUUCAGAUUUGAGUCAUUUGGCGACUGGUGUAAGUGAUCUAGCCACGUACGAGAUGAGCUCCAAAUUACGCGAGUCUUGUAAGGCUCACGAUCUUCAGAAUGUCAUCAAAGAUGGGCUGAAUCAAAUCGAGGCACAGGCGGGAGCUGUGAUCAAAAGGGUCAGCAAGAUCAUCAAUUCAGUCAGGAUGAGUGUGAACGACACUGAGGCCGUCUUCAAGGCCGUUGGUUUUCGGCUUGUGGCCAAGAACGCUACGCGUUGGAAUUCACAGCUGGCAUCGUUACGCUCAAUAAUAAAGGCCAUUGAUUACGAUCCUCAGCUUCAAACUGGCUUGAACGCGACCACCAAAAAGCAUUCUAAGCUCACCCCACUUGAACUCAAACUGUUAAAGGAGGUCAGCCUCAUUUAGACUCCUUUUCAAGAAGCAACUGAUGACUUCCAAGGAGAUUAUGAAACCAUCGGCUCCGUCAUUCCUGCUUACAUUGACCUGCUCAACAAAAUGACCCUGAGUUUCGUUGAUUCCAGAGGCGCAACCGUUGUGAACUCUGAAUGUCCACUUGCAGGACAAAUCAUUCAUUGCAAGGGUUUUGCAGAAGCACUUAAGACUUCUUUGAAGAAAAGAAUGUCUUCCGUGUUACACAAUACGAGCUGCGUGCUGGGUGAACUCAAUCUCUGCCUUUUAAGGUUUUAAAUAUUAUAAGAGUGUGUGCUAACAAUUAUUAUCCCUCUUGAUUAAGGUGCGAUUUUGGACCCGCGAUUCAAGACGGAAUGGAUUUCAUACACUCAUCUAAAUGAAGGCGAUGUGCUUUCUUGCGUCCUGGCGGAGCUCGUUUACCGGUAUCGCAAAAUCCAGGAUGAUACUCAAGACAUUCGAGAUGCAGAUCUGACAGCAGCUACAACAGAUUUACGAAGUUCAAACGGUGAAGACGUCAGCGGUGAGGGGAAUCAACCAACGGCCAAGAGAGCUCGUCCCACUCGUCAACUUUACAGUUCUUUCAAAAGGGCAAGUCGACCUGCCUCAGCUGGAUCCGCCAAGGUACUUGACGAGUUUGAAACCUACCUGAGUUAUUCGAUUGCGCCAAUGGAGUCAGAAGAAGUACCUGGAAAGUCGAACCCGGGGCCAUUUCGGCCAUUAAAAUAUUGGCUUAACAACCGUCAUCGAUUUCCUUAUCUCUCCUUGAUUGCCCGCGACAUCCUCGGAACUCCCGCAUCAUCUGGAAGCGUGGAAAGGUGCUACAGCACUGAAUUGGAUAUCAUUGGCAUCAAAAGAGGUAAUCUUAAAUCCGAUAUAUUCAAUCAACUGCUGUUUAUAAAACGAAAUCGCAAUCUUGUGUAAUCACACGUCAUUUGAACAGAAACACACAUAAAACAUAUUGCAUAUAAUAAUUUAUACAACUCAGUCAUUCUUGUCUAUAUGUUAUUCUACUGAUCUGUUCUCCCAAUACAAGUGUUUACAAAUCAAA